AUGAGGUCACAAUGCCUCUUGGACAGACGUGUUUCACGUCAUUAUGAUUUAGUAUUUGGAUCAGGUUCCCUUAUACCGCGAAUUACACCUUUCACGGGACGUCGUGAUUAGCAAUUCUUCACGCUGAGAAUCCUCGCUGUACAUGUUUUUCUCGAUGGUCUUUGCCGCCAAUUAAACCAAGUGUAUUCCUCUUCUCUGUCGCAGGCACGAAAGAUCGAGGAGCAUAAGAGAAAGAAGGAGCGGAAGAUACAAGAGAAGCUGGAAUGCGAGAGACAAGAACGAUUGAGAAAAGCCCGGGAGAGCGCGAAAGCUUACGAGGAGAACACCCGCACUUCCCAAACUGAUUCCGGUGAAACCCCUGGAAUGGGUGAUUUUUACAAGUUCUUGAACGAUCCAGACGUCCUCAAUGCUUUCCAGGAUCCUGAGGUAGCCGAAGCCUUCAAAGAAAUUUCCACAAACCCGACGAAUAUCUUCAAGUACCAAAGCAAUCCGAAGAUCAUGGCGUUUAUUAAUAAGAUGGCUUCGAAGUUUGGCGGAGCUGGUAACAUGCCGGAUAGAUUUCCCGGUAUGAUGGGUGGUAUGCCCGGGUUCCCAGGAGCCGGUGCUGGUGCUGGUGCCAGUGCUGGUGCUGGUGCCGGUGCCGGGGCACAGACGACCACCCCGAAACCAAAACCACAGGACGACGUUGGUCUUGAUUAA